AUGUUCGCGCGCUGGGUCACUUAUAUUCUGCUCGGCCUGCUGGUCUUUACUAGUAGUGUGGGCGCAAUUGGACAGGAAACCUGCGUUUCUUUCACGUCAUCAUCUUCGUCGUUUUCUGUCGUCAGCGGUGGUAGUGCAGCCCCGAUUCUGCUCUCUGAGGAUGACUGGGGAGGGGUACAACGUGCCGCGUCUGAUUUUGCCAUGGACAUUCAUUACGUUACUGGGGUCAUGCCGGGGCUUUACAAUGUCACUAUUCCAACCACUAGUGCGAAUCUGAGUAGUGCUCUUAUUGGCGGCCCUCAUGCAAUCAUUGUUGGGACACUUGGCCAGUCCUCGUUGAUCAGCGAGGUGGUGAAGAACACGAACUUGGAUGUUUCUUCCAUCGAGGGGAAAUGGGAGGCGUUUUUGACAAAGGAAGUCGCGAACCCUCUCCCUGGGAUCAGCAGUGCGUAUGUUAUGAUCGGUGCGGACAAGAGAGGCACCAUCUAUGCCUUGUACGAUCACUCAGAACAAUUCGGCGUGUCGCCAUGGUAUUGGUGGGCCGACGUUCCGAUCAAAACUCACCCCGAGCUUUACGUGACCUCGUCUGGCUGUGCGCAUGGCAUCCCUACUAUCCAGUACCGAGGAUUCUUCUUGAACGAUGAGCAGCCUGCUUUGCAAAACUGGGCCAUGGCAAAAUUCACCAACGGGACUGGUGCGGCACUGACAGGCUCUCCGUUCAAUCAUUUCUUCUACACCAAACUGUUUGAGCUCAUUUUGCGUCUGAAGGGGAAUUAUCUAUGGCCCGCAAUGUGGUCAAGUGCAUUCGGGGUUGACGAUCUUCUCAACCAGCCCCUCGCGAAUUGGUACGGCAUUGUGAUGGGAACCAGUCAUGAAGAGCCCAUGAUGCGGUCGAUCCCCGUCGAAUGGAACUUAUUCGGCGUCGGUCCGUGGGAUUACGAUACGAAUGCGCAGAACAUCUACGAUUUCUGGGUUGUCGGUGCUGAACGAGCGAAACCAUACGAAAACAUCUUCACAGUCGGCAUGCGAGGAGAUGGUGAUGAACCGCUUGCGGGUGGUCAGAACAUUGCGCUCUUAGAAGAAAUUAUCGCCAACCAGCGCACCAUUUUGGGAGACACCUAUCCAGGUCAAAAUGUCACUACUAUCCCUCAGAUGUGGUGUCUUUACCAGGAGGUCCUAGGGUACUAUUACGACGGGAUGACUGUACCAGAUGACGUCACUCUCUUAUGGCCUGACGAUCUGUAUGUCCUGAAUGGCCGCGUGAAAUCCGCUGCGACUCAUCGACAGGCGGAGCAGGUGUAUACUACCACUAUGACCUUGCAAGUGAUUGAUGUUAUAAUGCUUGACCGCGCACUGACAUCGGAGAAGGUGGGAGAUUUCAGGGACUACAAAUGGAUUGUCAGUAGCCAAAUGACAAAGACAUACGAACAAAUGUCGCUGGCAACAGCCCGGAAUGCCACCCGUAUAUGGAUCGUCAACGUCGGCGACCUCAAGCCCUACGAGUUGAACACCGAAUUCUUCCUCACCUACGCUUGGGAUACUUCACUAUGGGACAUGAACAACCUCGACACGUUCGUAACGUUGUGGGCGGAACGUGAAUUCUCCCUCUCCUCUGAAGAUGCGGCGACGGUCGCAGGCAUCAUCGCGAACGUCACUCGCUUUAAUUCAAAUAGGAAGCCCGAAUUAUUGAACGGCACGGUGUACAGCUUGUGGAACUACCGAGAAGCGGAGAACCAGAUAGCGAUGUGGCAGGCGACCAACGAAUCUGCGACAGCCAUCCGCAACAAGCUCGCCGAGAGCACUCUGCCCGCGUAUUUUGAACUCGUCUACCAUCCGGUCCAGGCUAGCUUCACUCUCUUCAACAUGUGGUAUGCCGCAGGGAUGAACAACCUGCGUGCGUCCCAAGCGUUCCUCAGCGCCAAUUACUACGCCGCCGAGGUGGAGGCUUUGUUUGACCAGGAUUGGGAACUGGAGCUUGAAUACGACACCCAGCUUGACGGGAAAUGGGCGCAUAUGAUGAGCCAGACGCAUGUCAUGUACUACUACUGGCAGCAACCACAGGCAAAUACUAUGCCGUAUAUCACCAAGUAUCAAGCGCGCAAACAGGCCCUGGCCGGUGCCAUGAGGAUCGCACCCGAAGGUACUCAAGCAGCCUGGCCGGGUGAUAACGAGUACCAGUGCGCUCAAGGAUACAGCUGCCCUGAUCCCACCCUUUUCUUGGACCCUUACGUGCCUGCUGGCAAUCGGUACAUCGACAUCGGCGCUGGCGGACCUGCUCCAUUCAACUUCACUGUCGCCAGCAACGUAUCAUGGCUGACGCUCUCUUUCACGGAGGCCUCUAUCUCCCCCAGCGUCCCCGAACAGCGACUGUAUGCAUCGGUGGACUGGAGCCAGGUCACGGAGACAGAGUACGGGUUGAUCACCCUUAAUGCGAGCGUCAUUGACCAGCCGAAUGAGGUGUUCACCAUCGGCUUCGUCGCCAACUACACCGAGGUGCCUGAAGAUUUCACAGGCUUCGUCGAAGGAGACGGUACCAUAACGAUGGAAGCUGUGCAUGCAGCGCGGAACACGUCCGUCGAUGGGAUCACCUGGACGAACCUACCAGGGUACGGGCGGACCCUGUCGGGGGUGACGCCGUGGCCCCGUGGGGGCGACGAGCUGAACUUCACCGUCGGGACUGGACCGAGCAUCGAGUACGACUUUUACAACUUGCACACGUACAACGACUCGGGCAAUAUCACCGUCACCACGUACCUCGCCGUGACGCUGAACACGCUGGGCCCCGACCGGCCGGUGGCGCUCGGCUUCCAGGUCGACGCGGACGAGCCGCAGGUGGACUACUUUGUGCCGAACGUCACGCCGGGGACGAUGCCCGCCGCGUGGAACGGCGUGGACGGCUGGGCGGCGACGAACGUCAUCCCGAUCACGCUCAGUUUCUACGCCGAGCCGGGCGCGCACACCUUUACGCUCUGGAUGAUCGAGCCGACCGUGAUCGUGCAGAGGAUUGUUAUAGACACCGGCGGAGUGCUGUCGAGCUAUCUGGGUCCCCCGGAGAGUAUACAGGUGUGGUAG